AUGGCACCGCCACUGUUGAGAUUCGUUCCCUCCCAGAGCCAUGGAACCGCCAGGAAAGAUCAGGCCGUUGAUUCAGCGAACAGAGCUCAUGCAGCACGUGCGGCCCACGCUAGGAGGCGGCAAGAGCGAAGGGAUGAGAUGAUAUCUCUCCAAGUUGCCUGGAAACAUCCGCGCGCUCAGAAGAGAACGAUAAGGCCUCUCCGUGUAAAGUGUGACGACCCCUUGAAGCCAAACGAUACAACCAACACAGAUUCUUCCGCCGGAGUCGACGCGACAGUCUCACUAUCAAAGAGCCAUCUCAUGUACAGGGGUAAUUCUGACCCUUUCUUCACUUUUCCAAUCAAGAUAACUCCAGAAGUGAACCAAGUACUUACUUUCAUGAGAGAUGGCUACUUCCCCAUGUUGUACGACAACCAGAAGCUCCAGAUGAAGAUUGACGCAAAAGGCCUCUCGACAGCAGGUGUCGGUAAUGGCGCCUGGAAGUUUGCAGUGACCCAGCUCUCCAACACAGGAAUUGCGCUCGCGUGUCUUGCAAGCUUUCUUGGUAACAUGACCACCAUGAUGUCCUGGUCUAAUAACCGUCGCUCGAUCCAGCUUGCGCAGACCUUCAUGGUAGAGAGUACGCGACUAGUCAAAGAUUUAUUGAGAGACAUAUCCGCGUCUCCGGCGGCGAGGCUGCCUCCAGCAGCGAUUAUUCACGUAUAUUUUUUGCACCGAGCGUGCACCACAGUCGGAGGGAAACAAUCAUCGGCUGUGUAUGGUGCUUUGCUCAACCGGCUGCUGGUCAGGGGCGUGCUGGAAGGGGCAGUCAGUUACACGCUGUUGUUUCAAGCCGGCUUGAAUGAUGUUGAUGCUGCCGCAAAAUACAUGCAUCGACCAUCUCUUGAAUAUACCUGGUUCGCUCGCUCGUGCAACAAAAUGUGGAUUGGGGCUAAGCCUGGCCUGGCUACGCUGCCUGGAGGUGUUCACGACGGCCUCCACAAACAGGUUCUUUGCGAGGAGCUACGUCAGGCCUUUGUCGUCUCGCGUCUCAUGAACGCAUAUGCGGAGGGAAAGGUGCACGAAAUUGCGCAAGAAAGAAGCCAAGAACAGAAACAAUUUUUCUUCUUGCUCCUGGGAACAGAGAGUGUUUGGGCUUUGGGUACGAGCAUGAGACUUUACUUCGACUUAAGAGACGAUGUGUACCUACACGAAGUCUUUACGCAGGUUCAAAGAAUGAUACAAGCGGCAUUGGCACUGACUCUGGUUUUCCAGUUACGAAGUAUGGCUUACGGGACCAAGAUCAAUGGACACGACCUCCGAGAUUAUUCCCCGGCAAUCAUGGCGGAAUUGCGAAGCAUCAUUACUGAAAUCCACGAAUGCGAUACUGAUACCGAAAGUGAGCUUGGUCAAUAUCGGGACGCCCACAUCUGGAUAUUGUUUAUGGGAGCUUUCUGGGAGCAACGGACUAACGAAGAACAUUCCAGCAGCGAAGGCUGGUUCCAGAACAAACUGGUAGACGCAGCUCUCUUGGCCGGUAUAUCCACAUGGGCGGAGCUGAAACCCCUCUUGAAGUCGUUCGCAUUUGCAGAUUGGGAUCAACCCGACGGUGCGAAUUGGUUCGAAUCAACCGUGCAAAACUUCGUCCUCCGUCGGUUUCAGACGUGGGAAGCAGAGUUAUCGCAUUCGACUCGGCCUCCGUAA